AUGUCCAACAUCCAGAAGGUCGCCAUCGUCGGCUGCGGCUCCAUCGGAGCCUCCUGGGCAGCCCUCUUCCUCGCCCAAGGUCUCACUGUGUCGGCCUUUGACAUCAACCCAGCCGCCCAGAAAUUUCUACAAAACAUCGUCUCAGACGCACUUCCCGUACUUUCGUCUCUGGGCUUACUCAAAAAUGCCGACGCCAAGCCCUCAGAUAUACUGUUCACAACAACAAUGGAAGACGCGCUCCAGGGCGCCGACUUCGUGCAGGAGAACGGGCCCGAGAGACUGCAGUUCAAGCAAGAGCUGUUCGACAAGAUCGCACAAACAAUCGCGGAGGAUACCAUCAUCGCAACAAGCAGCAGUGGCCUAACCUGUUCCAGCAUCCAGGACGGCAUGCUCCCAUCGUCGCAUCCUGAGAGAUGCGUGGUGGGCCACCCUUUUAACCCGCCGCACCUGAUCCCGCUGGUUGAGGUUGUUGGUGGUGGGAAGACAUCUCCAGAGGUCAUCUCGAGGACGAUGCAGUUCUACGAAGCUGUAGGCAAGAAGCCGGUGCAGGUCAAGAAGGAGGUCGUGGGACACGUGGCGAACCGGCUGCAGGCAGCGCUAAUGCGCGAGAUGAUGUACCUGAUGCAGGAGGAUGUCGCCACCAUCUCAGAUCUGGACACGGCUAUGAGCUUCGGCCCGGGGCUGAGAUGGGGCGUUAUGGGGCCGAAUACGCUAUUUCACCUAGGCGGUGGAGAGGGCGGCAUUCAGCACAUGGCGGACCACCUGCUAGGGCCAAUUAUGAGUUGGUAUGCUCCCAAGGACCCUGUCGUUGAUGAUGAGCUGCGGAGGAAGUGGGUCGAUGGCACAAUGAAAGAGGUUGAUGGGAGGGAUUACCGCGAGCUGUCGAGGCAGCGUGAUGAGGAGCUGGUGAGAUUGUUGAAUGUCAGGAAGGAGUGGGAUGAUUAUGCGGAGAAGAAGAAGACAGAGUAG